UUCUAAAAAUCAUGUCCUUUUUAUCACCGUCAAAAUUUGGAUUUGAAUUUUUGUAUUUUUGGGAUAGUGCUUUUGUCUUAUGUUUUGAUUGUAGUAAUGGGUGGGUUUGUCUUGUCGGUUUAAAUUGAAUUUCGAUUCAAACUGUGUUGUUGAAUGGUUGUUCCUUAUGAAAUAGUUUUGAGUUGUGUUGUUUCUGUUUUUUUUGUUUUUUGUUUUUUUGAAGUUAUUUAGCGCCCUUAUGUACAUCAAAGACUGAAACUUUUGAAGUAUCACUAUGAUGGUGAAUGAGAGAUGAUCAAAUGCUGAGAGCUAGUGCGGUGUAAAGAUGUCAUGGAUGAAAGGUAAAUCAUCUGGUUGGACUGCGUUUGAUCUUAAGCAGAGACAGAAACAAGGUCUUGAAAGCGAGGUAGAGGAUGAUCCAUUCCCGCCUGUUUCAAAUAGUGUUACGACAUCUCCUCUAGAUUUUAGAGGAAAGCUGAGAAGAAAUCAUGAACCUUCUGAUAACUCUUUUUCGUCUGUGCUCUUACCUCCUUCGAAAUUUCCGGCAUUGACAGAGAAUAAGGAUUGCGGAAACCAAGAAAGUGGUGGAGGUUCUAGAAGCAAACCUGGCUCUUUGAUCCUGCCGGUUAACAGUCAUGAUUUAGCCUUCAUGAAGUUACAGGAAAUGAACAGCUGGGCAGAUGAGAACUUGAUAAGGGAUGUAUUGUUAUCCACAGAAGAUAAUUUUGAGAUGGCUUUAGAGUUUUUGGAAGGGAUGGGUUCUGCUGGUAAUAAUAAACCAGAAAAUGGUAACAGUAGGGAAGUUGAGGUGCCAACUUCAAAGAUUGAGGGUUAUUCAUCAAAUAACAGAAGGGCUGCCACGUCCACAUAUGAAGAUGCUGGCAAGUAUGAUCUUCAAGAGAGUGAUGGAAGUUCGUUUCCGAUGGAUGCAUCUCACAGUCAAAAGUUGUCUGAUGAUAUUUCUGAACUAGAUAGUAUCAUUCAGCGGCUUCAGUCCUUUCCUAUAGAGCCUGAAUGGGAAGAAGAUGAUCUCUAUUUGAGUCAGCGAAAGGAUGCACUGAAAGUGAUCAGAUCAGCCUCAAACCAUUCAAGAGCUGCCCAAAAUGCUUUUCAUAGAUAUGAUCAUGCUUCUGCCAAGCAGCAUUCUGAAAAAGCAAGAGAAGAUUGGUUAACAGCUGAGAAGCUAAAUGCUGAGGCAGCCAAAAAGAUAAUAGGCAUAACAAAUAAGGAUAACGACAUAUGGAAGUUGGACCUGCAUGGACUCCACGCAACAGAAGCUGUUCAAGCAUUACAAGAACGUUUGCAAAAGAUAGAAGGUCAAUCCACAGUGAACCGUUCAGUAUCACCAAAUAGAGGUAGGUCAAAGAAUACAGUUCUGAGAUCGGCAUCACAAGAGCCUUUUGGUAGAUUAGAUGUGGAAGGUCUCGGCAGUCAAAAAAAUUCUUCUAGACAACUACGAAACUCAUUGCAGGUUGUAACAGGUAUUGGUAAACACAGCCGCGGACAUGCUUCACUUCCUCUAGCUGUGAAGACAUUCUUUGAAGAUAACAGGUACAGGUUUGAUGAGACAAGACCAGGAGUUAUCACAGUGUGGCCUAAAUUCCGACACAGCUGAAUAUAUGAUUGAUUUCAAAUUUAGCAAAUACUUGUGUUACUUCAUUGUUGUUGUAUCAUAUCUCCUUAAGACUUAAAAAAUUCUUCUUUGUAAAUGUGGCCAAUUGUUUAGUGACUUGAACAGGUCAUUGACAUAGAGUGUGAUGUGACUGCAGAGCAGUGAUAUUUAUAGUAAGAUCAAAUGUAACUUAAGUGAGAUUUCUAUAUAAACAAAGAUUGAUUUUUCUCAUGAAUAAAUUA